AUGAGUUAUAUGGAAAUAUUAUCUAUGCAAAAAAGCUUUCUUGAUAAAAAUGGGUAAUUAAAUAUUUAAUUUUAUAGAAUAAGUUUAGAUGAUUAUAGGAAUACCUUUAUUCGAAAAACUUAUACUCUUCUGCUUUUAGAAUAUAUUGUAAAUAUAAAUUCUAGUUUUCUAAGUGUUUUUGUGGACUAUCUUUAUUAGGAAAAUAUAUAUUUUAAUAUGACAAAUAAUGGAUUUUUUGGUGUCUUGUGAUAAUAUGUCAAUUGUGCCAUUUUUAUUUUGAAUACAGUGCUUCAGUCGCAGACUAUUAAAAUAAAAAAAUUUUGAACAUUGUAGUAAGUGUAAUUUACUUAUGUUGUGGAAGUUUUGCAUUUUUAUUUCUUUGGACACUUUUUGGAGUAAGUUUUGGAGAUUAAUUAUGGAGAAUAUAUCUGCAAAUAGGUGGUGUAAUUUUAUUACUAAAUUUUUAUGCAAACAUGACUAGCACUCACUUUUAAGGUGAAGGUAUAAAUAAUUAAUUGUAUUUAGAAUGUUGGUUAAUUGUUUUAAUAACUCCUAUAGCGAUUGAAUUAAUAUUAAAUAUAUUUAUUGGAAUAUAUUCACCAUUAUUCCAGACUUUUGUUACAAUGAUAAUUACAUAUUUAAGUUCAUUUAUGCUGUAAAUAACUUAAAAAUAAAAAUUGUAAAAAGAAGUAAAUUAUAUAAAUAUCUUAAAAUUUUAGUUUACUUCUGA